AUGGAGACUUCUGGCGUUGGAGGCAAGGAAAUGGGCGCGAAGUCUCGGCCGCCGGUGACUGACGGCGCCCUGCAUCCUUCGAGGCUGCUCCUGAAAGGCCGGAUCUAUGGGAGGCGGACCGGCCACCUGCCCCGCAGCGGGUGUGCUGGCCGGGGUCCGGGCUCUCUCAUAGAAUUUAAUCAAGAAAAUGAUUUGCUGUGGGAAGAGAGAAUUCGUGAGAGAACAACUAUUACUGAAUUAACCCAGAUUCCACAUGAAUUAUUCUCUGAAUCUGGUAUUCCGUCCUCAGAAAGUACUGAGUUACCUGUUGACUGGAGUAUUAAAACUCGACUCCUUUUUACUUCUUCUCAACCCUUUACCUGGGCAGAUCAUUUGAAAGCACAAGAAGAAGCUCAGGGUCUUGUCCAGCAUUGUAGGGCAACGGGAGUUACUUUGCCUCAAAGUAUACAGGAUCCCAAACUGUCCACUGAGCUCCGUUGUGCCUUCCAGCAGAGCCUUAUAUAUUGGCUCCACCCUGCCCUGUCUUGGCUACCAUUGUUCCCUCGUAUUGGAGCUGAUAGGAAAAUGGUUGGAAAAUCAAGUCCUUGGUCAAAUGAUGAAACCCUGCAACACAUUUUAAUGAGUGACUGGUCUGUGAGCUUUACUUCACUGUAUAAUCUGCUAAAGACAAAACUUUGCCCCUAUUUCUACGUUUGUACAUACCAGUUUACUGUCCUGUUCCGAGCAGCAGGGUUAGCAGGAAAUGACAUGAUCACAGCUCUUGUAUCUCCUACAACUAGAGGCUUAAGAGAAGCUAUGAAAAAUGAAGGUAUUGAAUAUUUUCUACCUUUAAUAAAAGAAAAUGGCCAUAAGAAGAAAACAUCUGGAAUAAGCUUGGGACAUGGGGAGGAACAAUCAUUCAGUGACGAAGAUGAAGAAGAAAGUUUUAACUGGCUGGAAGAGAUGGGUGUGCAAGAUAAAAUUAAAAAGCCAGAUAUACACUCCAUUAAGCUGCGUAAAGAGAAACAUGAAGUACAAAUGGAUCACAGACCUGAGUCUGUUGUGUUGGUGAAAGGAAAUAACACCUUCACAUUGCUCAAUUUUUUGAUCAACUGUAAAAGUCUAGUUGCUACUUCAGGUCCACAGGCAGGACUUCCACCAACCCUCUUAUCCCCUGUAGCUUUCCGAGGUGCCACAAUGCAAAUGCUAAAGGCACGAAGUGUAAAUGUGAAGACCCAAGCAUUUUCUGGAUAUAAAGAUCAAUUUAGUUUGGAGAUUACAGGCCCUGUCAUGCCUCAUUCUCUACAUUCUGUGGCUAUGCUGCUCAGAUCUUCACAGAAUGGGUCUUUCUCUGCAGGACUAUAUCCACAUGAGCCAACUGCUGUAUUUAAUAUCUGCCUGCCAAUGAGUAAAAAACUGGAUAAGGAGGUUAUUCAUAAGGAACUUGCUAACUGUGGGUUGCACCCUAAGACUCUGGACCAACUUAGUCAAAUACCAUUACUGGGGAAGUCAUCUUUACGGAAUGUGGAAAUGAGUGACUACAUUUAUAGAUGGAGCCUGAUACCAAAGUAAGCCUAAAAGGAAUCUUUGAGGAAAAAAGCCUUCUAGCAAGGAAAUUGAAGAUUCUUAUACCUUUGGUUUUAAAGUUCAUUUUGGAAGUUAAUGGAUUAUACUUUAAAAAUAUCAAAAUGUUUAUAAGCACCAACUUUUUCCACUUUUAGUACAUGCACCAAGCAACAGCAUUAAAAUUUUUAAGUCAGUAUUUUUUACUAUUUUCAGAUUAGGUUUUUAGAUAUGAAGCUUUAUUUUAAAAACCUCAAACCUCAAAUGAGAAGUCUGUAACUCCACAACUACUAGUAAAGAGUAAAAUACUGAAUUAAUAUGUUUUCUUACAAAAUGAGAAAUUGAGACUAAAUCUGUAGUAAUUAUCUCAUGGCACUGUUGACUAAUGGCAUAACAGGACAAAUUUGAACAAUUUACAAAUUACUUUAUAAAGGUAGAAAAUAAAGGGAGACGAUACCUACUGAGCUGUUGAUGCUUCUACUUUAAAUAAUUUUAUACUAAUUUUCAGUUACUAUAUUGUUUUUUAAUGCAUGUUAAGUAAUCUAGAUAAAAGGGUGUUUUGUAUUCCAUAUAGAACAGUGUUGAGUUGUAAAAUAUGCUAUCAUGGCAGACUAGCAUUUAACAUGCUUAUAGGGGUGUGUGUGUGUGUGUGUGUGUGUGUGUGUGUGCGCGCACAUGCAUGUGUAUAAUUCAAUUUUUAAAAAAAUAAAGGUGCUUAGAAAUCAAAAGCCUUGGGUAUAGAAAUAAUAGCAUUUAGUGAAUAAGUAUGUGUUCACUUUAUAAUCCAGAAAAUAAAACAACACAUUUGUUCCAGAGAAGUUUGUAUUUGGGCCUUACGCUUUUGAAAAUAAAGUUUAGAGACACAGCAUAUGAAUACCACUGUAAUACACAUGAAAUAUUCUAUCAGCCCCUAAAAAUUAACAUAAACUUUCUCAUAGUCAACAAAAUAGUGGCUGGUUGCCAAUUUUAUUAGAUAAGUUGGUUACAGCAUUUUAAUUAUUUUACGUCUAUCUAGGUGUAGCUGAAAUUCAAAAUGCACAUCAAAGUAAAACUAUAUCACAACUCAAUGCCAUA